AUGAUCAUAUUUCGUCAGCACCCGAGAUUCUUCCUUGGUCUAAAAUGUACCCAAAUUAUAUUAGCAAUUUUGAUCUUAGCGUUUGAAUUGACUCAGUUCAUCUAUUAUGGUGAAAAAUUAGUUCAGGAAAAUGGUCGUAAUGAUUGGUUUGAUCCUGCUCUGAAUGAUCAAGCAAGCAAUGGUCAAACCAAAAUCUGGGUUAUCACUGUAUGCGCUUUAACAAUUAUAAGUCAUGUCACAUACGUUUUUCGUUUCAUAAACAUAUGGAAUAAAGGUCCAUACGCUUUUAUAGAAUUAUUAUUUCUCGCCUUAUGGUUGACUUCCUCUUUAUCGAAUCUCGAUCCGAUUUUUAGAGGAUUGGAAACUUUAAACUGUAGAGCACAGGCUUUCUCCUCCUCUCCUGAUGCACGAAUCAUCUGUGGUCUUUGGACAACGAGCAUUGCCUUCGGUUGGAUCACUUUUGGAACCUACUUUCUGUCCUUCUUCUUUUCUUGGCAAGCUCGGAAAGAAAAUCAACCGGGCAUCGGAAUUAGAAAUUUAGGAUACAAUCAUAAUAAUCAAAUCUUUACUUCGGAAACUCUUCAAGAACAAAAAAAGAUAAUUGUUCGAUCAGACUCCAAUGCUUUGCCCAUUACUGUAAUUACCGUACCCCAGAAUAUUCAUCAGCCUCCAGAGUCGGAGAAAGAAAUUCCCCAGCAAACACAAUUGUUGUUACAAAGUGGUCUACCUGAUCAAGGAAUCCCACUUCAGAUUGUACUUCCUCAAAGUGAUUUCCAAAGAGUCCGGGAGGAACCCAUCGUUGAGAAUCAUCAGCAUCACGAGAUGCCGCAAUUACCACAUCUUGUUCAUCCUCAGGAUACUGCCACAUCGUUUCCCGAACAAGGCCAACAACACCAGCAACAAUUGCAACAACCUCAACAACUUCAGCAAGAUGAUGGAAACUCUGAUUUCUUGAACGUGAUUCCGUCAAGAAAGCCCUCCGCUUCAUCUUUGCAUGAGGUUCCUCUCUAA